AUGCAGCUGCAGUGUAGUGUGUUAGUUAAUUCGCACACUGCGAUCAUGUCUGAAUUCCGACAGCGGUACUGUAAAGGGAUUCUGUUUCUAAGAAGCGGAAAAGUCAAGAAAAUAGGCGAGUGUGAAUUGGUUAUAACUACUCCUCGAAAUAGAAGUGGGCGACUUUUCAAUAUUACUGGAAGAAGUGUUAGGCGAAUUCAUUCUACAAAUAUGCAGUCUGGAUCUAUUACAAUAGAAAUGAAUAUUCCUUCAGUGUUAAUUUGUAUAAAAGAGGCAUCAGUUCCUUCACUCCGUAAUUUCAUUUCAAAACUGCAGAAAGUAUUGGCAGGUGAAGAAAUUGUUCUAGGCGGUAACAAAAAAGUUACAUCCUCUAGUUUCGCUUCGUUACGAAGAAGACUAAUUAUGGCUAGCAGGAAGCAGUACAACGAACAUAAAUUGCGAUUUUCGCCUUAUUUACUUGAACUGAUAAUGUCAAACAUUGGUUUGGCUGCUGUUGAUACUCGUUGGUUUGGAGCUACUUCUCUUCGUGUACUUGAUCUCAGCGGUAAUAAGCUUGGUAAAUCAGAUUCUUUCGAAAUCAAAUUCUUGAAUAUUGUUCGAUUACAGCAUCUCAGAGUUCUUGUACUUGCUGAUAACGAAAUACAAUAUAUUUCGGAUGAUUUAUGGAACGCUUUACCAGAAAAUUUGUUGUCAUUAGAUUUGUCGAGCAAUCAGAUCUCUUAUUUGUCGACUUGUUGCACGCGGUUUCCAAAAAUGGCUCAUCUAUGGCUCAGCCAUAACAAGAUUGAGGAAUUGCCACGAACUAUAAGCAAUUUGAGGAACUUAAAAUGUUUGGACAUUAGCUGGAAUGAAUUAAAAUUCUUGCCUUCUGAAAUAAAGGAUCUCUCGCUUGAAAUGAUUGAUGUGACUGCUUACAACAAUCAUGAAAAACUUGAAAUACAAGAUGCUCUUGAUCAGUUACUUCAAACAGGCGAUCCAGUGAUUAAGAUUGGCACACUAUUCGAAUAUGCUGCUGCUGCUGUUCUAAAUUGUAGGAUCAAUACAAAUUCUCUGCCAGAUUUACUGCGUGUAAUGAUGCGAAAGGCAGUUCAAAAUUGCAAAAGUAAACCGGGAGGAAGCUAUAAAUUUUAUCCUGCUAGUAUUGUUACUGCAAGGUAUUAUAUCGAGGACGUACGAUCUCUGGCAUUUCAAGCAGUUUCACAAACUCAUUAUAGUGUGAUUUUGCAGGAUAUGGAGGUGAUGUGA